CUGUACGAACUCCUGCACGAUUCAGGACAAUAUCACGAUAGCCUACUUCCUGCAGCCACAUCUCCGAAGCUACUUUUCUAGCCUCGCCAAGUCCUGCAGUGCCACGCAUCGUAUCGAUCUAACACCUUUUUUACUACAUACAGUACCGGCACCUCCUAGAAUGCCCGCCAUGCCUGAGCAACAUCUUCCUCUCAUCAUCACCACUACCAAUACCAAUUCCAAUUCCAAUAUCAACAAUACCAACAACACCUACUACUACUCCCCUGGAGACAAUCUUCCGCAGAGAACCUACUCCCGAUCAACAUCCGCCUCGCCUCCCCCAUCGCCUACCGCGCGCAGAAAGCGCACCAUGUCAUCUUCCACAUCGAGCUCCGCUAGCGCCUCACCCAUUCUCGAGCCACGACGUCUCUCUAUCACAUCUCCUUCAGCAGCAGCAGCAACACCACAUCCUCGCCCUCGAAAGGCAACGUGUACCUCACAAUCGCAGCUUCCGGAGGCGAUACCAGAACACCACGUGCCGGAAUUCAAGCUACAAUCAUCAUCUGCUGCAGAGCAAGAUCCAUUGCAGAUCAAAGCCCAUUUGACGGAGCUUCUGAAUUGCGAACAAGUUCGUAAUGAUCCGAUUAUGCGACAAUAUGUUCAAUCUCGUUUGUUUGAAUCGGAAUUGGAGUUGAAGCGUCAACGACGAAGAAGACUUAGCCUUCCUACUGCUUCGAUACCAGAAUUCGCAAUCGAUGAUUCUCUUCGUUGAGGGGAGAUGAUGUUGAUUCAAAAGCCCGGAUGCCGCAAUGGAGUUUAUUGUUAUUGUUAUUGUUACUAUUGAUGAUGAUGAUGACGACGAUGAUUAGCGUGGAGUUGGAAGGCGUCACACCUACACACAGACAGACAGAAAGUGCAGGUGAUUGCGGUUUGGAAAAGGAAAAGCUCACCAGCAGCAGCAGCAGCACACUUGGUUUAUUUCUUGGUUGCUAUCGUUGUUAGCAAGAUCACAACAGAGGAAAUUUCUUCUCUCUGUUAAAAAGUCGCAGUGAAAAGUGUAAGAUACUACGAAGAAGAAACAGUCGAAGCAGUCGUCGAAGCAGUCGUCGAAGGAAAAGAGGAAGAAGCAGCAGCACAGUCUUCUAAAAACCACCUGUAUCCUAUACAUAUACCUAUCUGUAUUGUAUAACAGUGCAUACUUAGGAGCGAUCACUUCUU